UUUUUUUCUUUGACACCGUUCUCUCCCUCGCGACGCUGUUUCUCCCCGCGAAAUAAAGUGACGUCACCGAACGCAGGCCCGCCGCCUCCGCCUCCGCUUCCGCUCGCCCGGACCCGCCUGCGCCGGCCGCACAAGGGAUGCGCUCCCUCACCUCCCGCCACCGGCCGGAACCCUAAGGAGGCGCGUGCCCACCUGCGGCUGCCUCCGGCUUCGGCGAUGGGGCGGCCGGGUUACCUGACGCUGCCAAUCCUCUCGGUGCUCGCGGCCAUCGGGUACGUCUACUACACCACGGUGUUCGUCGCCGUGGCCCGGUGGCUGGGGCUCGCCACGGCGGCCGGGGCCGCGAACGCCGCGGCGAUCACCGCCCUCGCCGCCGCCUGCGUCGCCACCUACGCCGUCGCCGUGUGCCGGGACCCGGGCCGCGUCCCGCCCUCCUUCGCGCCCGACGUCGAGGACGCCGAGAGCCCCCUCCACGAGAUCAAGCGCAAGGGUGGGGACUUGAGAUAUUGCCAGAAAUGUGGCCACUAUAAACCCCCUCGUGCACACCAUUGCCAUGCUUGCAAAAGAUGUGUUCUAAAAAUGGACCAUCACUGUAUAUGGAUUAAUAACUGUGUUGGACAUGAGAACUACAAAAUAUUUUUUAUCUUUGUAUUGUAUGCUGUAACUGCAUGCUUCUAUGCUAUGAUUCUUAUCAUAGGGAGCGCCAUGUACAGUGUUCCUGUAGAUGAACAUUCAAGCAAUGAUUCUUCUAGGACAUCGAUUAUCAUUUGUGGGAUCAUUCUAUGCCCGCUGACUUUGGCUUUGACAGUGCUCUUUGGUUGGCAUAUCUACCUCAUAUUACAGAAUAAAACUACAAUUGAGUAUCAUGAAGGUGUGAGAGCAAUGUGGUUAGCAGAAAAGGGUGGAAAUCUUUAUCAUCAUCCGUAUCAUCUUGGUGUCUACGAGAAUCUUAUUUCAGUGCUGGGACCUAACAUAUUCUGCUGGCUUUGUCCAGUAUCGACUAAUACGGGAAAUGGCCUCCGUUUCCGUACAUCACAUGAUAUUCCAUUAUCUACACCAUCGAUGUGAUUAACACGAGAUACUGUUAUUUAUUUAUUCAUUAGGUAGUUGCUAAUCUGAACAUAGACCUCUGGCUUCCUAUUAGAUUGCCCAUAUGUGCCUCUUUUUUUUUUUACUGAAGCAUUGUGUUUUGGAGCAGUACAGAUAAUCUGUCAAGGUCUUGAAGCUCCUUUAUGAAAUGUGCUAUAAGUGUAACGUACAGGACCUCCCCACGGCUCCAAGUUAGGACAUGGGCUAGGCUGCUCCUUUGUUUUCGUGGUGGUUAUUUUACAUACUUGAUGAGGCAGAACAUGCUGCCUCGCCUGUAAUUUAGUGUAGUCUCUGAUUGCGUUUAUUAGGAGAUUUGAAUGUAGUCAAUUCUGUUGUAGAUCUCCCCGGCAGGAAAAAAUGGGGGGCUGCUGUAAAUCCAACAUCCAUACUUUGUUCUCUUAAAGAGCCACUUAUGGCAGCGAAAGGCCACGAUAGGAAUCAUCUGAGAUUGUUCGCAUACAUGUUUAUUAAGAACAGAACUUAUAUUUAUUUGUCAUACAUCGACGCAGUUUCUUUGUGUAUACACUGCUGACAUAUGCUUGUUAAUAUUAACACGAUGAUACGAUGUU